AUGAAAUCUUCGCGAUCAGAGUCAAAUAAUAAUAACAAUAAUAACAAUCAAGAGUGUAGUGGUUCUCCACGUGAAUUGUGUUCAUCUGAAUAUCAAGCUUCUGGUGAAGAAUCUCAUGCAGUUACCACUUCACCAACUACUAUUUCUUCAUUGCCUACAAUCGACAAAUCAAUAAAUAAUAAUUUAAAUCCAAUGACUCUACCGUAUAAUUUAAAUCUUAACUGGGUUUCACCAAUUAUCACAGCUUUAUCCUUAUCGGCUAGUUCUUCAAUAUUAAACUUACAGAAUACAGAAUUAGCCACAACCACGACAUCACCAUCAUCAGCAUUAUCAUCAUCAUCAACAUUAUUAUCGUGUAUUCCACAGAUAGCCACCAAAUUGAGAGCUUCAUCGUGUUUCUCCCUUGGCAGAUCAAGUAAUUCAUCAUUCGCGACGUCAUUUCAUCAUCCUCCUCCUGAGUUGAAGUUAAAUACAAGUGUGAAUGUUGACAGUACAACUGCUACUUCUAGCACUACUAAUAACAACAAUAGUGAGAAUGAUGAUGAAAAGCCAUUAGAUUUAUCAGUAAAGUCCUUGUUAACCAACCAACCAGCCAGGGAAAUGAACCUGACAGCUGAAAAUCUUAAAACCUCUUCUAGACGUAAAUUAAGCAAGCCACGAUCACAAGCCACGAUUAAACCAUCCAUGAUGACAAGCACAAUGACAGCAACACCACCACCAACAACAACAACAAUAAACACACCAGGAAUAUCAUAUUCACCAGAACAGGAUGUCAACAACAUCAAAGCGUUUAAAGAACCUCAGCCAGAAAGUAUCCCCCCGAUGAAUACAGACAAAAAUGGUAUAGAAUUAAGUCAACAAUGGAAAUUAGACAUUCAAAAAUUAGUCCACUUAACUGAAUCCAGCCAAAAACGUCAAAAGUCAACAACUAACCGUAGACCAUUUAAAGCUUUUGGUAAUAGAAUUCCAUCAAUUUCUAAAGAGAUUUUAUUAAAAUCCACUGAACUUGUUGAUCCUUUACUCUUAGCCAGUAGCAUAGAAGAAAAUACAUCAGAAGCUGUUGAAAAUACUGAACAAAAACGUGUUACACUCACUCCGCCAACAUCUUCUUCUAUAACUACUAAUGAUAUUGAUAAUACUGUCAGUAUGACAAAUACAACUUCUAUUACAGGUAAAGAUCAUUCCAGGCGAAAAUCAUCUUCCAAGGGUAAAUCUCGUCGAUCACAAAGUACAUCAGCUAUUCUCCCAUUAGGUGUUGUCAAUGAUACUGACUCAAAAGCAUUUCCUACUCUAUCAACAACGAAAUCAUUAGAAUCAUUAAUAAAUAAUAAAACAGAUCAGCUAAAAGAGAUCAUUAUAACAACACCGUCAAUUGCAUCAAUAUCAUCUACACCCAGCUGUUAUUCAUCAAGUUAUCCUCCUGAAUUAAUUGAUAUUGAAAAAAAUUCAUCAUCAUCGCCAACAGUUGAAUGUAAUCCACGUAUGCGACGUUUCCCUGAAAUGACACCGAAAGAAAUCAAAGAUAAAGCUUAUUGGGAAAAACGUGUCAAGAAUAAUGAAGCUGCUAGACGUUCACGUAGAGCAAGAAAAACUAAAGAAUUAAGUUUGAAAAAGUAUGCUGAUAAUCUGGAAAAAGUUAAUAUGAAAUUGAUUGAAGAAAUUGAACUGUUGAAAGCAGAGAUAAUACAAUUGAAGGCUGAAAAAGAAGCGCACAAUUCAAGUUGAAUGAAUACAAAUUAUUAUUAUUAUUAUAGAAAAAAUGUCCCUUCUCCUCUAUGCAACAACGCCGUCAAAUGAUCUGUUUAUUACCUUAUUUAUUUUGUAAAUAAUAAUAUCUUUAUUUUAAAUAGUUG